GAGUCUUUGCUAUACGUCAGCAUGGCACAAAUCGCACCAUCAUCCGAUCUUGAUUUUGUUGAUGAUUUAUACUACUCGGCACUCUUUGACCAACCCGAAGAUGAAAUCUUCCCACCAUCCGAUGACAAGUAUGCCCAAGAGUUGCUGUUUCAAGAGGCUCUCAUGUCAUCAACAGUUUCUUCGAACAUGGGUAACAGAAGCACCAUCUGCAACCCGUGCAUGGCCCAUUCUUCAUCUCCCAUAUUAAUCCAACCCGUGCCUCUGCUGGGGUUCAUGGACAUGGAGACGAAGGAAGCCGGUGAAUCCUCCAUGAGCUUCUGUGAGAUUUGCGUUGAGAGGAAAGAAAACGAUCAGAUGUUCACAACGGAAAGUUGCAAUCACUCUUACUGUUCUGAUUGCGUGAGCAAGCAUAUUUUGACAAGGGUUGAAGAAAACGUGACCGUCAUAAGGUGCCCUGGAGUGAAUUGCGGAGCUGUCUUGGAACUCGAUAACUGUAGGCCUCUGCUUCCUGGGGCGGUAAUCCAUCGGUGGGAAGAUGCACUUUGCCAGGAGUUUAUUAAUGCAUCCCAGAGAUUUUACUGCCCUUUCAGGGAUUGUUCGGCCUCGUUGCUGAAUGACGGAGGGGAAGUUAUUAGAGAAUCUGAGUGCCCUUUUUGCCAUAGGUUGUUUUGUGCACAGUGUUAUGUGCCAUGGCAUCCGGGGAUUGAAUGUGCGGAAUUCCAGAGGCUUAAUGAGGAUGAAAGAGGCAGACAAGAUCUCAUGUUGAGGGAACUUGCCAAGGAGAGAAAAUGGGCUAGGUGCCCUAAGUGCAAAUACUAUGUUGAAAGAACAGUUGGUUGCCCACAUAUGACUUGCAGGUGUAAGUUUCAGUUUUGUUAUGGUUGCGGAGAGAAGUGGAAUGCCAAUCACGGUGGUUGCCAGAGGAAUUAAGAGCACAACAACUCAACAAGACCACAAUAAAUGUUACCAUCCAUCCCUUAAGUUGUUUUUAGUCUCUUAAAAGAAACUAUUUGCAUCAACUGUGGAGCGAGUUUAAUUUGGUUUAAUGCUCUAGUUUGUGAAAAGUCGGACCAUUUGUUCAAUUUAGUACUGAGAAUUGCUGGUUAUUAUUCUACUAUGUGAAUGAUGUUUAUCCA